GGGCUUGUUACUUUGGCAUUCUUCCGGCGUCAAUUUUGGAUUAUUUCCUUAUAGUAAUCAGGAAAUUUUUUUUAACAACUCUUUGCUCACACAAAACACAUCUUAUCUCUCUAGUUAUAACACAGCUUUUAGAAUUUACAACUAUAUUGGGACAUUUAUUGAUCACACUCUUUUCACAUUUCGGCGUUAUGAGCGUAUUAUUCUCAACACUGUUACUCAUUUUGUUUCCUUUAAAUUUGUUAAUUAGAAGACGACGGGUAAAAAGAGAGUGUAUACUGGAAGUUGACUUUAGUCACGGAUUAAAGCUACGAGAGCAUGUUUCUGGUGACCCGAUAACAAAGUUAUUAUUUUAUAAUAACUCCAUGUCCAUUUUCGAAUUUUUCACUUGUCUUGAAAAGGCAGGCCUUGAUAAGCGGGUUAGUGGGCUUGUUUGCUACUUGGGCAACGGCUCUUAUGUGACGACACUUGGCUUGGCUGCUAUUCAGGAACUUCGAGAGUCCAUCACUAAUUUUUCACGGAAAGGAAAGUUCACCUGUUGUUUUUCCAACUCUUUCGGAGAAGGUUUUAAUGGAAUUUUUGCUUAUUACCUGGCCACUGCUUUUGAACAGGUUUACUUGCAACCUAGUGGUGAACUAAACUUUGCAGGGUUGAUAAUUGAGCAACCUUUUGUAAAGCGAUUCUUAGAAAAACUCGGUUUAGUCCCGUAUUUGGAAAGCAGAAAAGAGUAUAAAAAUAUGAAAAAUUUAUUUACCGAGACAAAAUUCACGGACGAGCACAAGGAAGCAGUAGCGGGGGUAUUGGAAGUUGUAAUUCAAGAAAUAACUGAUGAGAUUAUUGCUCGCCGUAGGAUCGCUCCUGAGGAUUUGAAAAAAUUGAUAGAAGGAAUAUUUUUGUCUUCUGAAGAGGCAAAGAAAUGGAAACUUAUAGAUGACGCCAUUUAUCUGCAUCAAUUCUACGAACUGGAUUUUAUUAGAAACAGGAAUCUUCUUUUUCUCCAGCACUACUAUAAAAACCCACGUGAUUUCUCGUUGAUGAUCCCAAAGUGCGUGUAUAAAAGGGUCCAUAGUUAUUUUCCGUGGUUGGCACGGCGUCUAUUAGGGUCCCCAAGAGUGGCUCUCAUAUACUUACGCGGCAGCAUACUAACAGGGAAAGGGGUCCCCGGCCGCACCAGCGGAAGUGACUGUGUUUCUAAGGCCCUCCUUUCAGCCUGCGAAGAUGAGCGCAUUUCUGCCAUUUUGCUCAGGGUUGACACUGGCGGCGGGAGCUACGUGGCCUCGGACGCAAUCUCAGCAGUUGUGGCCUAUGCGGCCCAAACGGCCAAGAAGCCUGUAGUAGUGAGCAUGGGCAACGUGGCUGCUUCAGGCGGGUACUUCGUCUCCUGCCGGUGCAGCCGCAUCGUUGCUCAUCCUUUGACCCUCACCGGUUCCAUUGGUGUUGUCUUUGGAAAGUUCGGGACCACCCAACUAUGGAACAAACUUGGAGUGGAUUGGGACGAUUUAAAUACACAUGAAAAUGCAACAUUUUUCACAGGAAUUUUUUGA